AUGGAAGAAGUUUGUGAGGUUGUACGAUCACAAAAAGGAUGCGACAAAAUAGAUGUCCAUGGGCAUCUAAUGGUCAAGAACUUGCAUUAUCUACAAGAUUUAGUCCAACAUAAUCACUUGCCUGAUGCAACCCAUCCAGAAGUCAUAAAAGCUGUAACUGAACUUAAAAAACGUGCAUCUGAAACCAGAAAAAAGCCCGUACAACUUAUUCAAAAUUAUAAGAAAAUACCACAAACACAAAAUGUUCUAGAAAUUAAUAUCCCACCUUCAUUGCAUGUUACUUUAAAUGAUGAUCCUUUUCUAAUCCAAGACCUCAUAGUUGACCAAACUCCAAAAUGGAUAAUUACUGAUUUUGAAAGAGCAGCCAUUAAUGCAUCACGCGAAUAUGGAACUACUGGAGCAAGAGUAAUACCAAAUAAUAAUCCAAAAAGUUGGAAAUUUAAUCAUAGUUCUUAUCCAAGCGAUCAUAUUACUAUAAUUUAA